ACGCAGGGCUCCCUCACGUUACCGCGCCCUUCACACUCUCUCACGUGUCACGGCAGGUGUUUGCAGCGGGCAUCUUCGCGACAGACUGGCGGACCAAGGCCCUUUGAUCUCCAGCGCUCGUUGCUCGGCUAGGCCAAGCUAAGCUCACCCCGGGCCGCUCCUGUACCUCACUCAUCUCCAAGCCCUCACCCUUCCAUCCUCACGCCCCCACGACCGUUUGCCAGCCGCCGCUCCCUCUGCGCAAGCAAUUGAUUCUGCUCUGCGCGCGUCUAGCCAUUGCUGCUGCCCGUCUAUCGCUCCUGCCGCCGCUCUCUCUCGCUUCCGGCUGCCGCGCUCCCUAGGAGGCCCCUGGAUUCGCCUGCUUCGCCGUUUCGCGCCGCUCGCGACAAGCACCUCACCACACGGCAUAUCACCCUUACAUGGCCGAUAUGAACCAAGAAACGAUCCAGCAGAAGAUCCAGCUCGCUCGCCGCGACGCUGAGGCGCUCAAGGACAGGAUAAAGCGCAAGAAGGAUGAGCUCGCUGACACGACCCUUCGCGAUGUCGCCAGAGACCGUGUCGAGGCUCUGCCGCGCCUCACCAUGAAGACGAAGCGCACCCUCAAGGGCCAUCUGGCUAAAAUCUACGCCAUGCACUGGUCCACCGACCGCAGACAUCUCGUCUCCGCCUCGCAGGACGGAAAGCUCAUCAUCUGGGACGCCUACACGACCAACAAGGUCCACGCCAUCCCUCUGCGCUCGUCCUGGGUCAUGACCUGCGCCUACUCCCCGUCCGGCAACUACGUCGCCUGUGGUGGUCUCGAUAACAUCUGCUCCAUCUACAAUCUGUCGGCUCGGGAAGGUCCAACACGUGUGGCACGCGAGCUGUCCGGCCACUCGGGCUACCUGAGUUGCUGCAGAUUCAUCUCCGACAAGCGCAUUCUCACAUCGUCUGGUGACAUGACCUGUGUGUUGUGGGAUUUGGAGACUGGCUCCAAGGUGCAUGAAUUCGCCGACCAUCUCGGCGACGUAAUGAGCUUGAGCAUUAACCCGCUCGACCACAACCAAUUCGUCUCCGGUGCUUGCGACGCUUUCGCGAAGCUCUGGGACAUCAGACAGCAGAAGUGCGUCCAGACUUUCGCCGCGCACGACUCUGACAUCAACGCCAUCCAAUUCUUCCCCAACGGCAACGCCUUCGGUACCGGUUCCGACGAUGCCUCCUGCCGUCUGUUCGACAUCCGCGCCGACCGCGAGCUUGCGUCAUACCAGAUUCCUGAGCCGGUCUGCGGUAUUACAUCCGUAGCCUUCUCCGUCUCCGGAAGACUGCUAUUCGCAGGUUACGACGACUUCGAGUGCAAGGUUUGGGACGUACUCCGCGGCGAACGCGUAGGCACAUUGCAAGGACACGACAACCGCGUCAGCUGUCUCGGCGUUAGCAACGACGCGCUCAGUCUAUGCACUGGUUCAUGGGACUCAAUGCUGCGCAUUUGGGCAUAAGUGCCGUCAGCCUACUGAACUUCCACGACGCCAUGUAACGACGCCAAUCCGAACGUGUGCGCCUUAACGUAAUAUUGGCAAACUACAACCUACGACAGCGAUCUCCGCAUCUCCUGGCCUACCAUACCCCUGCUGCAUCUUAUCAACCAGGAGACUGAGCGCUGCCAUACUCUAAGAAUAUAAUACUC